UAGUCUUAUUUCCUCUUGCAUCUCCCGAAGGGGCGCUGCCGCCGGUACCGCCGCUGCUCCCCCGCCCAGCAGCGCCAUCCUCAUAUGACCGCACCACCACAGACAGUGGCCACUCGAAAAAACGGGGGCGAUGAGGAGGCCAGGACCUUGGCACAGACCCGUGCUCCCAGCACCGGAUCCCUCCUCGUCGCAGGGCCAGCCCUCCCGCCGGCUUGGUGGCCCGUGUUUGGGCAGCCGCCGCGGCGUCGUCGUCGGCGGAUGCGGUGGCGGGGGACUGCCACGGCUUCCGGCCGUGGGUUCCGGCGAUGCCAAGCUGUAGAUCUGAGCCGCCGUCUCCAUUUCAUUUCGUCCAUGUUUCGAUCUGCUGGGCUCAGGCACUUGGAAUUCUUUGCCACCUGAUAAUUAGUGAAGGUAGUAUAUCUCUGGAUCGUAAUUGGAAUGCCAACUCUUCUAACAGCUGGAGAAUUGCCACCGCACCUAAAAAACAAGAGUUUCAAUUGUAUAAAGAAAUCCAUGUAUGUGUGACAGAACCUUUACACGAGGUGUCACGAUGGUCGUUUGUGCUGCGGCAGGAGGGCAACAGCAUCGACAUGGCGAUCGAGUCACUCCUGAAUGCGGAGAAGCAAUGUUGCCUAGCUGGCGAUGUGGCCAGCACUAGGAAGGACAUCGUCGAGCUCUCCUUCAAGGAUGGCGCCUGGAAGAUGCUUAACUACCAGAUUGUUCUCCUCUCUAAGAGGAGGAGGGGCCAGCUCAAGAUUUCUCAACGCUGAUUUUAUUAAGACAUUAAAAGCCAAUAAUACUGAAGUAUUCCUUGUGUCCGGAGGUUUCCGGCAAAUGAUCAAGGUAUAUCUUCACUAAACGGCUGCACGAACGGUACGUUUGGAAUCUGGAUUAUCAGAACAUAGUCAAAUUUGCAUGUCCUUGAAACAUCUUCAAAUUUUGUGACAUACACACACACCAAGAUGCUUUUAAGAUAUCCAUAGUUUGAAUACAGAAAAUGGUUCUAAAUUUUCCGUCUGUAUUAUUUUUUUUUUGAGAGAACGUCGGCCUUUAUUAAUCAUGUAAACACAUUACAGAGAGUCUCUCGGAUACAAAACGGAGUAGAGUCAUAAAAACAAAGAUUCACAGAGUUCAAACUAGACCUAGCUAAGACAUGAGCUAAGACAUUAUAGUGCCGACGAACAUGCUUGAAAGAAACAGACGACAGAGCACCACAGGCCGUCCUGAUGUCAGAAACGAUCGAGCCCACCACGGAUCGGUCACGGGUCGACGAGAGCAGCCUUUGAAUCACCGAGAGGCAGUCAGACUGGAAGAUGACAUGCAUGUAGUUCUGCUGACGAGCCAAAGCUGCAGCACGGCGAAGAGCGAGCGCCUCAGCCAACUCCGGGGACGAGACUCCCGGCAGAGGUUCAGAGGCCGCUGCCACACACCGGCCGGUGUGGUCCUACACCACAACGCCUACAGCCGAUGCGUUGUGCUCCAAGCUAACCGCAGCAUCAGCAGAAAGGAGCAGCGAUCCAUGUGGAGGAGGAGACCAGCUGGAGCAAGACGCCGGAGUCACCUGGGAACCAGCAACUGCAGAUUUGAAAAGAUGCAUAAAAAUCAUAUCAAUGUAACCACGCACCCUUGCCGCUGUUCGUUUGGGGGAAGGAGCUUCAGGCUCAUUCCGGGCAGAGUUUCUGGCUUCCCAAAUAUGCCACAAAGUGACUGUAAUGACGGAUAAGUCUCGAUCAGAGCCACGCUCCAGCAGGUUGAAGAGCCACUGCUUGGGAGAGGUGAAAGACGAGCGACAUAACUUGAUCCCGAACGCCACUUUGAUCUCAUCCCAGAUUGCUCGGACAUGACUACAGAAGAGAAGCGCGUGUUCGAUACCUUCUUGACGACCACAGAAGAAGCAAUUUGUCCUCGUGGGGACCUGACGCCGCUGCAAUUGCUCGCCGGAAGGAAGGCAGUCAUGAGCAAGCCUCCAGAGCACAAUUUUCAUCUUGUUUGGGGCCUGAACUUUCCACAGCUUCUUCCACAGACGCUCUUCCAUAGACCCGUCCGAAGGGAGGCCCCUGCCUCCAGCGCUUCGUUCAGACAAGAAACGAGCCAUCCGAGCCAUGUUGUAAGCAGACCGGACAGAGUACUCACCAAACCUUGUGAAAGGCCACCGGGCAAAAUCCGAUCCCCUCUCUAGGUUGAUAGGAAUUUGAAGUAUGUCAUUCGCCACUCCAUCGGAGAAGAAAGCCCUCACAGAUUCCUCAUUCCAGCAACCAUUAUCCUCAUCAAUCAAACAGUGUACAGUUGCAGAAGCCGGAAUCGGAUAAAGGGGCUGUAGCAAAGCGGGAGGAGUAGAAGGCAUCCAGUGAUCUUUGAGGAUAUGUGUAUUUCUCCCAUCCCCAAUCCCCCAUUGCACCCUUCUUGAGCAGAUCCCUACCAUGCAGGAUGGCCCGCCAAGUGGCCGGGGCCGAGCCGGGAGCAGUAGCAUUCCAAAAAUCAGUAAAUGGAAAAUAUCUCCCCUUUAAGACCUGCGCACAAAGUGAUCCAGUGUCAGUCAGAAGGCGCCAUCCCUGUUUGCCGAGCAUCGCCUGGUUAAAGAGUGCCAUAUCCCGGAAGCCCAUGCCUCCGAGGGAUUUCGGUGUAGUCAGCCACUCCCACGAGCACCAAUGCAUCUUCUUCCUACCAUCCUCACGACCCCACCAUUGAUCAGACACAAUCUGCCGGAAUCUCUCACAGAUAGCAACCGGCAAGCGAAAGCAACUUGAGAUGAAGGUGGGAAUAGCUUGAGUCUUGGAUUUGAGGAGAGUCUCAGUCCCUGCCCUGGACAUAGGCCGGCCCGACCAUCCAUGAAUAUUCUGCCACGCUCUAUUCGGGAGAAAGUUGAAAGUACUUGUGGGAGACCUGCCCACCUCCGUGGGCAUACCCAGGUAAGAGCCAUGAAACGUCUCAUUCAAUAUUCCCAACUGAUUUUUCACACGAUGUCACGAUCCUUUACCUCCGCCGGACAAUGGUUUCCAAAGAACACCGCAGACUUAUCUUUAUUGAUUGCCUGGCCCAAACCCGCAUAGUAUGAACUAAGAGUUGCCUCCAAAGAUGCCACACUCUGAGGAUCACUCUUAGCAAAGAAAAUGCUAUCAUCUGCGAAUAGGAGGUGUGAGAUAGACGGGCCAUGACGGCCGUUUCGAAUCCCAUGUAGCUUGCCACAAGCCUCCUUUUGGAAAAGCAGACCAGAUAGACCUUCGGUGCAUAAGAAAAAGAGAUACGGGCUGAUUGGGUCCCCUUGCCGAAUACCACGAGAUGGAAUCACCGGUUGUGUAAGCUCUCCGUUGACUCUGACCGCAUACCGAACGUUAGUCACACAUCGCAUAACAGUAUCAAUCCAGGAAGGAGCAAAACCUAGCUUGGUCAGGCAUUGAUGGAGGUAGCUCCACUCCACACGAUCAUAGGCCUUCAUCAUGUCAAUUUUGAGUGCAAAGAAGGGUUUCUUCACUCGUUGUUUCCUGAUAGUGUGUAGGCACUCAUACGCAAUCAGGGCAUUAUCCGUAAUUAGCCUACCGGGAACAAAAGCACUCUGAGUCUUAGACACCACCACAGGCAGCAAGGACUUCAAACGGUUUGCUAAGACUUUGGAUGCAAUUUUAUAGAGCACAUUGCAAAGGCUGAUAGGACGGAAAUUCUUCAAGUGUUUUGGCAUGACCGUCUUCGGUAUAAGAACAAUGACCGAAUCGCAAAAACCCUCUGGAAUCGGUCUCCCCAGCAAGAAACCUCGAACAGCCUGACAUAUGUCCUCCCCCAGGAAGUUCCAAUGGUGCUGGUAAAACAGAGCAGGGAAACCGUCAGGACCGGGGGCCUUAGUUGGUCCCAUCUGAAACAACGCCGCCUUGAUCUCCUCAUCCGAAUAAGACUUGCAAAGAUCGGCAUUCAUCUCAGCAGUCACCUUGUGAGGAAUAGCUUGUAAGACCUCAUCAGCAGUCGGGCGAGGUUCCGAAAUGAAAAGCUUUUCAUAGAAUGACUGCACUAAGUCCUUGAUCUGCCCUUGAGAAUUACAGGUUGAACCAUCCUCCCGGAGAACCGAGCGGAUUCUGUUAGUUUUCCGUCUAGCCGACGCCCUAGCCUGGAAGAACUCAGUGUUACGGUCUCCUGCUUUUAGCCAGUCCACCCGAGAACGUUGACAUUCCAUGAUUUCCUCACGCUCAAACAACUCACAAAGCUGACUCUCAAUAUGCUUUUCUUCCGAAAGAGAUGCUGGGGAAGCCUGGGAAGCCCUGAUAGAGGCCAGACGGCGCUCCAUCUUACCAAUCUUCUUGCGAAUAGAGCCAAAGGCCUCCUUACUCCAGGAACGUAGAGAGCCCGCCACGCCUUUCAAACUUUCCCAAGUCGAACUCAAAGAUGACAGGCCCGCUCUACCUGCAGACCAUGCUUGUUCGAGGGUCUCCUUAUAAUCGGAUGCUCUCAGCCACAUCGCUUCAAAUCUAAAACCAUGUUGCACCGGGGUAGCGUUGCGCUGUCGGGAACCGCGAUCCAGGCAAUAUGUUUCUUCCCAUGAUCUAAAAGCAACAAUUCCUCUUUUCUUCACUUUGGAACAUUUUAAAUUUAAUUUUGUGGCUGAAGUUUCACAUAGGGGUCAACAAAGGUGUAUUUAGGCCCAAACUUACAGAGUUGUAACAACAGAGGUGUAUUUAACCAAACUAAUGUUACCUUAUUUAAAAAAAUUCUCGAGAUUAAACAUUCACAGAGACCUAAUUAAGAUUGAUUAAACUAUUCUUAUAUUAUAUGUUUGUUGGCGAAGUAUCAAGUGAAAAUGGCCAUUCAAUGAAAACUGGAAAACUUUCCUCGUAUGCCUUUGGAUCACGAAUGUAUGAUAUAGAUCAGAGGUGGGAAUCCCACCAGCCACUUAACCACACUUUUCCCGAGAACCCCCUGCACGUACGUGCUAGCUUGGUAUGGGUUCAGAAAAUAGAACAGAUCGUGUUCAAUCUGUGCUGCCGUGGAGCCUCAUCCCACGCCGAUCUCCAUGUGCGCUGGCCCUCCGGCGGACGUGUGCCCUUGCUCUCCAACGGCUCCAUCCUCGAGCACUCUUCCUCGCCCUCCAAUGGUUCCGUCCAGGAGAGCUCCCCCUCCGCCGGCAGUGAUCCCCCACCUUUCGCCGGCCCCGACCAUGAUUCAAAUGCUCGAAUGUUAAUUGACAACCUUUGGAAGAGGAAGAAAUUCUACCAAGGGUUCUUCUUGAGUAUGUUCUUGGUGAUGCAAAUCGGCUGACACAUGUAUUUUACUAGGAGAUUAUCAUUUGCUAGGAUUAUGAUGCAGUCCUGAAUGACAACUUAGAUGGCCUUGUAUCUCUGAAUAUUUGUACUGAAGCUCAUUGGUACUCAUGCCGACAUUUUGCUGGGGAGAUUAUUGUUUUAUCUCUGAAUAUUUGUACUGAAGCUCAUGUGUUGGAGUUGGCCUUGUAUCUCUGAAUAUUUGUACUGAAGCUCAUGUGUUGAAUCAAUUUUAGAUGGCCUUGUAUCUCUGAAUGUU